AGGGCACGGAAAAGAGAGAGAAGUUGCAGUAUGCUGCCAUCUGUCGGAAGUAUCUGCCACUAUCUGUUCACCAGAUCUUUCUGGGGUCUUUACUUCUAACACAUGCUCACUUAUCUGCUCCUGUAAAGCAACCAGAAAAUGAACCGUAAGAAUAAUGUCCCGUUCAAUCCUGCGACAGUAGCGAAAGCAGCAGCUCCGGUAUACAAUCAACAGCAGCCUGGGAGAGUACCCGAAGGUUUCAGAGAAGCCAUGAUACACAUCUCAGUGAGGCCACCAGAUAACUCGGACAUCAAGAAAUCUGACAUGGCUGCUAGGACAGCACCAGCAACGAAAAGAGCAGUACAACCUUCUGUGCCUAAAUGGAAGUCAUCAUUUAAGCCAGUAGAAGAAGAUGAGAACUCACAAGACAACAGCACUAACUGUCCAGAAAGGGUUGUGCUUUAUGAUCCUUACGAUCCUGCCUCUUCAGACUCUGAGCCUGAGAGGCCACACAGCCAAGACCGCAGACACUCCCUACCCAAUCAGGAUACCAACCUGGGACGCCAGCAUUUGUCUCCAGGAAGAGGUGGCCGUGAAAAAAGCCGUUGGGACGUACCCUACUCGGAGCCAGUGAGCCGUCCCCUUGACAGGCGUAACUUAAGCCCUGAAAGCAGACCCACAGUAAAUCGUGGUCUCAGUCCAGGUCAUAGGCUCUGUGAACGGCAAGCUUAUAGCCCAGACACUGAACCACUGGUCCCAUCGGGUUUUGGCUCCGUAAGUAGACCCCUGGACCACAGGGUUGGCCAAAGCUUUUCUGCAUCUUAUGGAGCACAGAUGAGCAAUGGAGAGGAAAGGAUAACGAUUCCAGAAUACAGAAGAGAGAUGACCACUACAGAUAGAUUAUCUCCAUCCAGAUUACAACGAGACUAUCAAGAUGGGUUGGGAUAUGUGAAAGCAGGACUGGACAAGAUCACACCUUCCACUGAGGUGACAGGAAACAGGAGAAGAAAUUUAAUAAUGGACAGGUGCCCCAUCACCUGUGAACUUUGUGACAUUGAAUUAGCCAACAGUCAGGAGCUGCAGCAUCACUUGGAGAGCAAGACUCACUGGGACACCUUGGAGCACAUUCAGCAGAAGAAUAACUAUGAUGAUUUGACUGUAGCCUUCCUACAGGAAUUCAUGCUGUAUAAAAGCUAUCAGUGUAGCCGAGCCAUAGAGGAUAGCGUACUUCAAGCUCUCCAGGAAAAUGACCACAUGACAAAGAUUCAAAUUUUCCACUGUGCAGCUUGCAACAUCUUCCUUUCCACGUCUGCAUCCUCAGUGCAUACUCAUAUUACCUCUCAGGAACACCUCAUCAACACAAAGGAGUUUGAAGUGCAGCAGAGACGUGCUUGCCUUGACAAAGCAGAAACCAUGAUGAAAGGGCUGAAACCUCAAUUUGAACAUUUCCUGAAGGGUGGCAGACCAUUUGAGUGACAGGAAUCACUGAAAUUCUCCGAAACACUGUUUACAGUGAGAUGUUAUUUGCUUCAGAUGAAGAACUAUGGACUUAAAAACAGCUCACUUCAAUCCAAAAUACUGCUAGAGAGCAUGCUGUUAUGUACCAUUCAGGAUCUGUCUGAAUAAAUGGAAGCAUCUUGAGUCA